UGCAAUGUAGUCACUCACAAUUUACUCUAAGGACAGGGCAAUCUUAUAAUUUGAUACAAUAUUCUAAACUGUUUGUAUUAUUUCCUGUGUAGAAUUGACAUGGAUAGUGCAGAAUUUUUGGAGGAACUGAGACCUUUUCUUCUUCAGACAACAGAACAUUUUGUCCAUGAACUAUUGUCGUUCGCUAAAGCUCCGUUUGACAUGGCUUCAUAUGAUGAAUGUGUUGUGUAUCCUUGGCCAGAAGAACGUUUCCGCGCCGCCAUUACUCGUGAUGGAGAUAAUAUGAACGAGGAAAGGGAAGGUAUGAUAAAGAGAGAAUUGUAUUUUACGUCAUGUUUGCUGCUACUUUGUGACAGUGGUGGUACAGUGAAUUUACUUUUUUUAAAUAUCCAGCUAUAUCUGGUUUAACUCUACUCCAUGCUUCAGAACAACAUGGACUACGACUCAGUUAGCAGUCUCAGAUUAGAAAUUUCAAGUUUUCAAACCUUCCCCCAAAAUAAUGUGAAUUAUAGCUUUUUCAAAUUGCAAAAUAUCAAUUAUGUCAUUCAUAUCGGUUUCUUAUUUCCUACUGACUAGUAUUUAGCAUUGAUCAGCUGGUUGCAUGAUUGCAUUUACUCAAAUACAGACAAAUAGUACAGGCCUGCGACUGCUAAAAGAUGUACUGUAUAUAUGUUACGAUUGCUACACACACGCCGUUCCUCAGAAAGCUGCUAUUGCCAGCCGCCAUGCGGCAUUAGGAAAUGUUUAUAAUAAAUCUUUCAAUUUAUUAGUUUAUUUGCCGAAAAUCGACUACAAUAACAACAAAAACAACCUUAAAACUCGCAAAAAAACGUUCGCAGUACGUACGUUCUGAAAUCAUACGUUUUUGUUUCUAUGGCAACCGUCUCCUGAUUGGCGGCAUAUAAUGCCCAAUCAACAUAAAUUAAUAUAAAUUAAAAAUGUUUUAUACAAUGUUGUUCUACACUAUAUGUUAUGCUUUCAGUGUAGUUUGAAAUGCUUUACUUUCAGUUUAUAUUGUUUUCCUCUCAGUAUUCCCAAUGUGAUGGUCAUCUAGUAUCGAUACUACUAUCACAAUAGUUACCAGCAUUACAUCAUCCUGUCAACCUGCCCUAGUCAAGUAUCAUGUAUUUGUCUUAUGGUGCGGGAGUGUGGAGUAGAGUGUUCCCCAUUAAACCUUCCUCACUAACCUAACGUAUGGUAAAUCUUCCUCACGAGUGGUACCCGAAUACCCGCAGCUUUUUUGCAACUCUGACUCAAUGUUGUGCUGUAGUUUAUUUAUUCGUUUAUUUAUUUGUGUUGUGUUAUACAUAACUUAAUUAAAAUUAACCAUUUUCUGUCUCUAGGUCAUUCUUCACCGGUUGUUUGCACUCAGCCAAUCUCAGAAAGCACUCCCCUCUCACGAUGUGCGUGGAGUGACACUCCUGCAGGAUUACACCAAGUGUCUCGUGUACAGGAUAGCCCUAUACCUCACGGUGAAAGUCUCCGGCCAGUCGAAGUAAAUGAAGUUAUUGAGAUAAGCGACUCAAAUGAAGGUUCCGAGAGAAUGGAUGAGGGCAAAAAACAGACUGAGUAUUCACAAAAUAUUGUAUCUGAAGAAUAUGGGGAAAAUUCUGAACGUGUCCAAUCAAGCCCAAAUGAUUGCCAUAUUUCGCUAACACGUGCAAGUGUAUCUGAGGCUGUGCAAAGUGACAAGAGUGCAGAAAGAGAGGAAUUAUUUACUUCUGAAAAGCACAAGACAGACAGAGCUGAACAUGUACAUCGACACAUACAUAAGCAUGUGCACAAACAUACACAUAAACAUAGACAUGAGCAUAAACACAAAUAUAGAUCCAAACAUAAACAUAAAAAUGAACACGAGCACAAGCAUAAACGCAAGCACAAACAUAGAGAUGAAUAUGAGCAUAAAAGGUAUGAUGUUACAAAUGAUGAUUUGUCUGUUGGUGAAGCAUUGUCAUGCGUUUCGCGAUCUGCUGUACAUUACGCUACUCAAGUUGGCCAUUCUGAAAUUCAAACAAAUAACGUUGGGCAAGUUCAUUCACCGAAACUGGAAGAAAUGCGCAAAGAAAUUGACGAGUUAAACGUUCUAAUACAACAACAUGAAGAACAACUUUUGAGUUUAAACAGAAGGACAGAAAGCUAAUGAUGAAACUUGUGCGAUUAGAGAUCAAUCAAGAUAUGGUUUGCAUGGGAACUCUGCGAAAGAGUUCGUUUUGUCUUUUUCUUCAUGCCAACUGACCUGUGCACGCCGCGGUGAAGACCAGUGGCGUAGCCAGAACGAUAAUUGGGGGGGGGGGGGCAUAUUCAUAUAUUCGUGUUCUGCUUUAUUAAUUUCUUUUGAAAUCAAUUGUUUUCAUGGUAUGUGAACACGAAUAUAUGAAUAUGUCCCCCCCCCCCCAAAAUUAUCGUUCUGGCUACGCCACUGGUGAAGACAAUUUAUUUUUGGCAUAAGGAAGCAACCAUCCAAUGGCAUUAUCUCGUCGAAUCACUCAACUGUACUAUUGAAAUAUUGUUACAGUAAUUAAUAACUAAUAAAGCAAAAUUUCAAAAGAUUUGUGCACGGUGAAGCCGUCGCAACAUAAAAUCGUAGCUCUUCGUAGAGACAUUUUGUUGAGUUUCCAGACCAUAUCUCGAUUGACCAUGAUUAGAAGAAUAAAGUUUUAUUUGAACAACUCUAUUCAGUUACAUAUGUUAACUGUUCUACCAAUAGGCUCUGUAGAGUGAGCGCGAAUCAGUGCUGAGCACUUACUGUAUAUUCGACUGGAUUAGUAUCAUGAACUUCGUACAUGCAGUAAAACUGUACUACGACUUUUUUUCAAUUUAUAUAAUUCACCCUUGCUUUUUAGUGCAGAGUUUCUUUGAAACUGUGCACUAUUGUGAUGAGUGGCGAAAAUUCACAUCUGUCAUACAUCAGAUAUCAUAGAGUAAACUUUCCGGGGGGUGUAUACGAUUUAUCGUCGUGGUGAUUUAUUCUACUUAGUCAGUGCUUUGAAGGUUAUUUAGGCAAUUUCAGUUGUCUUAUUUAAAUACUUAUUUUGUCCUUUUGCCAAGUUCACAAAAAUUUCCAGGAAUUGUUGUUAUUGCAAAUUUUUGUCAAUUUUAUAACAUUCGCUUCUCCGUGUUGUGUGAAAGAUCUUUUCCCCGGAACACCCAUUUUUUCUUUAGCAGCGCAAAUGCGCAUGUGCUAUCAAGCUGUAGAUCACGAUGGCGUGACGAAU